UUCAAGAAACCCCUGUAGCCAAGCACAGGCAAAGGAAAGAACAAGCUGCUGGCAACUGAUGCUCAGAGAAAAACAUGAAACAAGCAACUGGGUGUCAUAGCAGCGGUCACGUGAGCUGCUAGGAGAACAGGGGACUGGAUCGCCAGGAGAGAAUGACCGGCACUUCACUUGCAGGGUAGUGCAUCACGUAUCAAGCUGGGAAAUGUAGGAUUUCAGUUAUACACAGAGAGAUGGGCGUUGGCAUUGCUGCCUGUUCCCAAGUUCCGUAAAUGAUAGUGGCAUGGCCGCAGUGUGGCAGCAGGUCUUGGCAGUGGAUGCAAGGUACAACGCUUACAGAACACCAAACUUUCCACAAUUUAGAACACAGUAUAUUCGACGGCGCAGCCAGCUUCUCCGGGAAAAUGCCAAGGCCGGAUUUGAUCCACUUCUGCGAAAGCAGUACUUGAGACUCAGGAGCCAGUUGCUUUCACAGCGUUACGGACCUUUGUCAGAGCAGAGCAGUUUUAGAGCCGCAUAUUCGAACAGUGUGCGUAGCUCUCGAACAACACUUGACCGCAUGGAGGAUUUUGAAGACGACCCUCGGGCACAAGGGGCUCGUGGGCAUCGUCGGUCUGUUAGUCGAGGCUCUUACCAGUUCCAGGCUCAAUUAAAUAGAGCUGCAUAUGAUGACAGGCCUCCAGGCAGUUUGGUGCCAACCUCUGUAGCAGAAGCAAGUCGAGCAAUGGCUGGAGACACCACUUUGAGUGAGAACUAUGCUUUUGCUGGAAUGUACCACAUCUUUGAUCAACAUGUGGACUCCGCAGUUCCAAAGGUCCAGUUUGCCAAUGAUGACAAACAUCUUCUGGCUUGUUGUUCACUUGAUGGAACCUUGUCUAUCCUGGCUUUGGUGCCAGCACCCCCCAGUGUCCGACUGGUGCUUAAAGGGCAUUUGAGGGCUGUGACUGACUUUGCAUGGUCUCUAAGCAAUGAUAUAAUCGUGUCAACAUCACAGGACGGGACCUUGCGCAUUUGGAACACUGAGGAUGGACGGUGUAUCCGGGAAGUUUCAGAUCCUGAUGGCUCAGAGCUGCUUUGUUGCACUUUCCAACCCAUGAAUAACAAUCUCACUGUGGUUGGAAAUAGCAAACAUAACGUUCACGUAGUGAAUAUCUCAACUGGAAAGAAGGUAAAGGGUGGCUCUAGCAAGCUGACUGGAAGAGUACUGUCCUUAUCUUUUGAUGCACCUGGGAAGAUUCUUUGGGCUGGAGAUGACAGAGGAAGCAUCUUCUCCUUCCUUUUUGAUAUGGCCACAGGUAAGUUAACUAAAGCCAAGCGCUUGGUGGUCAGUGAGGGAAGCUCCAUCACUAGCAUAUCAGCUCGCUCCUGGAUCAGCAGAGAGGCUCGAGACCCAUCUUUACUUAUUAAUGCCUGUGUCAACAAGCUGCUACUGUACAGAGUUGUUGACAAUGAAGGGACACUACAAUUAAAGAGAAGCUUUACAAUUCAGCAUGGCUCCCAGUCAAUCCAUAGCAUUUUUUGUCCAUUGAUGUCCUUCCGGCAAGGUGCCUGUGUGGUGACAGGUAGUGAAGACAUGUGUGUCUAUUUCUUUGAUGUGGAAAGAAACACCAAGGCCAUUGUGAACAAGUUGCAGGGGCACAGUGCCCCCGUCCUGGAUGUCAGCUUCAACUGUGAUGAGAGUCUUUUGGCUUCAAGUGAUGCUAAGGGCAUGGUCAUCAUUUGGAGAAGGGAACAAAAAUGAGACCUUAUCUGUGCUUGCUGGGAACAAGAUAUUCCUCAAGGUGAAAUGUAACUUGCCUAACCCAAAGUUGUUCUUGGUGCACAGUCACUGUGUCUCACAGUGUCAUUUUUCAAUGCACCAAUGCACAAAGGACAAUUUUUUUGGUUGGCGACAUCCCUUUUCCUUAAAAAGCGUUUUUUUUUUCAUUCAUUCUUUUAAGUCUGAUUGGUUUUGGUUUGUGUUGUAUAAAUGUGAAAAUUCAUCAUGCUUUACAAAAAAGUUUUAGAGUGUGCCUGGUAUUGCAUAUAGAGUGCAUAUGAAUUUAUGCUUUUUAUUAUGGUAUACAUUAAAAUAUGAAAGGCUAUGUAAGUUUUUUUGUUUUUUUUUAUGGACCAUGUAGGUUUAGAAAAUGGAUGUGUAGAUGGAUGAUAAAUGUUUUGUGCCCCUACCUGUUUUAUACAGACACAAAUGUGAACACUGAAAUUCUAAGCUUCCAGUGAAUGGAAGGCUGAAGUGAUAAAUCGGUAAUAAAUAAUUACAUUGCAGUCAAUAAUAAGUAUGUUCUUCCAUACCAGAGACGUUUUUGUCAUGCGUGGCUGUGCUGUAAAUAUCUCAUGGAAAUAAGUGGUUAUGACAGAAGUGUGCUAAUGGCUUAAGAUAAUGCAAAUGCAGAUGCAGUCUGGGAGGUUAUUAAAGGUUUUAUUUGUUGCUUUACUAUCUCCUUUUCCUCACACUUGGCAUGUACUAAACACCAGAGAAUAAAGGACCUCAAGUCUGAACUGUCAUCCUUGGAAAGAGCUCACCCCCUUACGGUUAAUAAAGAUGACCAACUUCUGAUUGCCAAAACCAGAACUGAACUUAAUAGCCUCUUAAUCCAUUGUACCAGGGUUUGCUAUUAUGUCUCAGGGCCAGGUUGAGCAGACUUCUUGCUGAUAGAAUUAAGCAAAAUUCCUCAUUUGCCUCCAUACCUUCUAUACUUACAAAAUCUGGCUUGAUUUUAAAUGAUCCCCAGAUAAUAAAUGAUGAAUUUAUAGAUUACUACUCUAAACUAUUUUCUGACAUCUCCAGUACUACUCCCUUCGAUGCCAAAUCACUCCUUGACACCCUUCCAUUUCCCUGUCCCACAAAGGAAGCAUCUUCUCUUCUAGAUGCUCCCAUCUCAUCUCUUCAAGAGCUGCUAGACUCAAUGACCACAGGCAAGGCCCCAAGGGAUGGAUGAGUCUUGCCUGUGAAUGAAGCUACUUCCUCUGGCCAUUUAAACCCCAGUAUUUAAUACUGCAGCUAUUAUACUAUUUUUGAAGUAAGGUGAAGACCCUACUCUGUGUUAGAGUUAUAGUUCUCUCUCUCUCAUUAUCUUGAAUACAAAACUGCUAGCUAAAGUUCUGGCCUGCCACUUACAGAAAGUCAUUACCAAAUUAAUUAAUCCCGAUCAGUUUGGUUUCGUACAGUCAUGGCUAGCCUCUGAUAAUAUGAGAAGACUUAUGCAUGUCAUUGAUUCAGCUUUAUCUGUCUCUGGGCCAGCUGCACUUCUCUCUCUUGGUGUGCCGAGAAGGCCCUUUGACCAUGUGAAUUAGCAAUUCCUAUGGUAAGUCAUAGACAGAAUGGAUUCCGGUCCAAGAUUUGUAAAUCUGGCGAAGACUCUUUACUCUGUAGUUUUUCUGUGUUCAUUCAAAUAUCUUUCAUCCCUUCUCCGUUAAUAGGGGAGUUAGGCAAGGCUGUCUUUUGUUGCUCUUACUCUUUAAAUUAUCUCUCAAACCACUUGCAGUUGCUAUCUGUAAUUCUCAACCCCAUUACAGUUUCAGAAACUAAUCAUAUAAUAUCCUUAUAUGCUGACGAUAUCAUUCUUUCCCUAGGUAAUGCCCUGUCUGAUAUCCCUUAUGUACUAGAACUGUUCAGGUCUUUCAAAGACCUGUCUGGUAACAAGAUUAAUUGGUCUAUAUCUUCUCUUCUGCCCCUUAAUGAUAUGUGAUGUCAAUUCUCCCUACCAUCUGUCAUCUCUGUAUCUAGUAGUUUAACAUAUUUGGGGAUUGAUAUUACUGCUUCAAACUCAGACAUAUCAUCGAACAACUGUUGCUGAUUCUUCGCCAUUAACAACUGAUACAAACUUUCUCUUUUCAGUCUCAUUUGACCAUUAUCAAAAUUAAUAUUGUAUCCUGUUUCAACUUCUUUAACUCUGUGCUGCCACUUCCCCCUCCUACUAAAUACUGGGCAGAAGUUGGGUCAGUCAUUUCAAGGUUCUUGUGGAAUGGCGAAUGACAUAGCCUUUAUAAAUAUUCAACCCUGGUUAGAGGCAGAAGGAGUGCCGGCGAAUCGCUGCCUGACUAGAACUACAGUGCAUCCGGAAAGUAUUCACAGCGCAUCACUUUUUCCACAUUUUGUUAUGUUACAGCCUUAUUCCAAAAUGGAUUAAAUUCAUUUUUUUCUUCAGAAUUCUACACACAACACCCCAUGGUGACAACAUGAAAAAAGUUUGAGGUUUUUGCAAAUUUAUUAAAAAUAAAAAAACUGAGAAAGCACAUGUACAUAAGUAUUCACAGCCUUUGCCAUGAAGCUCAAAAUUGAGCUCAGGUGCAUCCUGUUUGCCCUGAUCAACCUUGAGAUGUUUCUGCAGCUUAAUUGGAGUCCACCUGUGGUAAAUUCACCUGUGGUAAAUUUCUGCUGCUUUGAAGGUCACAAUGAGCACAGUGGCCUCCAUCAUCCAUAAGUGGAAGAAGUUCGAAACCACCAGGACUCUUCCUAGAGCUGGACGGCCAUCUAAACUGAGCGAUCGGGGGAGAAGGGCCUUAGUCAGGGAGGUGACCAAGAACCAGAUGGUCACUCUGUCAGAGGUCCUCUGUGGAGAGAGGAGAACCUUCCAGAAGGACAACCAUCUCUGCAGCAAUCCACCAAUCAGGCCUGUAUGGUAGAGUGGCCAGACGGAAACCACUUCUUAGUAAAAGGCACAUGGCAGCCCACCUGGAGUUUGCCAAAAGGCACCUGAAGGACCCUCAGACUAUGAGAAAGAAAAUUCUGAACUCUUUGGUGUGAAUGCCAGGUGUCACGUUUGGAGGAAACCAGGCACCGCUCAUCACCAGGCCAAUACCAUCCCUACAGUGAAGCAUGGUGGUGGCAGCAUCAUGCUGUGGGGAUGUUUUUCAGCGGCAGGGACUGGGAGACUAGUCAGGAUAAAGGGAAAGAUGACUGCAGCAAUGUACAGAGACAUCCUGGAUGAAAACCUGCUCCAGAGCGCUCUUGACCUCAGACUGGGGUGACGGUUCAUCUUUCAGCAGGACAACGACCCUAAGCACACAGCCAAGAUAUCAAAGGAGUGGCUUCAGGACAACUCUGUGAAUGUCCUUGAGUGGCCCAGCCAGAGCCCAGACUUGAAUCAGAUUGAACAUCUCUGGAGAGAUCUUAAAAUGGCUGUGCACCGACGCUUCCCAUCCAACCUGAUGGAGCUUGAGAGGUGCUGCAAAGAGGAAUGGGCGAAACUGGCGAAGGAUAGGUGUGCCAAGCUUGUGGUAUCAUAUUCAAAAAGACUUGAGGCUGUAAUUGCUGCCAAAGGUGCAUCGACAAAGUAUUGAGCAAAGGCUGUGAAUACUUAUGUGCAUGUGAUUUCUCAGUUUUUUUAUUUUUAAUAAAUUUGCAAAAACCUCAAGUAAACUUUUUUCACGUUGUCAUUAUGGAGUGUUGUGUAUAGAAUUCUGAGGAAAAAAAUGAAUUUAAUCCAUUUUGGAAUAAGGCUGUAACAUAACAAAAUGUGGAAAAAGUGAUGCGCUGUGAAUACUUUCCGGAUGCACUGUAUAUCAUUGAGCUUUGAUUCUCUGCCUUAUUUGGUCAUGGUUGUGUCCGCUGCCUCAUCCUCCUCUGUGGCUCCAUAUAGAAUCUUCCCUUGCUUUUCUACUUUCUUUUCAGGGUCUCCUGUUUACCUCCUUAAAGUCUAAAGCCUCCAAACUUCCCUUGGGACCUAUCUUGUUAUAUGCCAUCAACAUAUGGCUAUGUGUGGAAAAGUUACUUGCACCCCAUUGAAAAGGGCACUCUUUCACUUCAAUAUUUCAUAACCCUGCUUUCUCAACAGGUUGCCGGCCCUGUGUAUUUCAUCUCUGGCAGCGUACAGGAAUUAGUGUGCUGGGGAAUCUGUUUAAUAGUUCUGGACUUAUGAUGUUCUAGUCUUUACAAAUGCUUUUUAGUUUUAUUUUCUACUUACAACUCCAAGCAGUGCUCAGAAUAUGUGGGGUUUCGCUGACUGCCCCACUACCAAAUCAUUCAUUGUGCUCUCUGUUGCGGUCUUUCUUUUCAGAUGUCUUCACAGGCUUUAUCCUACUCCCUUUUUGCGGCAUCUGAUGAGCCUCACUGCUGAUCCUCUCUGUCAAUUAUGUUUCCCUGGCUUACCUGCCACUUUUCUCCACACGUUCUGGCACUCUCCUCCUGUCUUUUCUUUUUGAACACACUAAUUUCUGUCUUACAAUAUUGCCCUACUGCCUCAAAUUUUUCUUCUUGUAGACCUUCUUAUGCAUCUGCUUAAACUCCAUGAACAUGUUAUUUUUGUCUGGGGAUUUAGGGGCCCAAUUAAUUAUUGUCUCCCUCUGGAAGACACCUGAAUGCAUUACUGUACACAACUGGCAGGCCGCCUCCUAUUACUUAAUUCAUUUGGAGUUGUCUGCAGUGCGGCUUAAUGGUGCUUCCAGUAAUGAAAUCGAAACUUGGUCCGCUGCUGCUCAGUUGCUUAAAUCUGGGUGUGUAACGCCUUAACUUUUCCUUUCUGUAACACAAUUCUUUACUUUAUUUCUUUUUGCUGUCAACUGGAUUUUCUCAAAUAUAUAUACUUUUUUUUUUUAAAAUAAACCUCCUGGUGGAGGUGGGUUGGAAUGUGUUUCUAUUUAUUGUAUGUUUGCUUCUGUUCAUAUUCUGUCAAUUUGUCUUUAUUUAAUAAAAGUUGAUCACAAAAAAAUGAAA